AUGACUACAGUCGGAAGCUAUCUAGCCACCCGACUGGCUCAGAUUGGUAUCGAGAGGCACUUCGUAGUGCCGGGUGACUAUAACUUGAUCCUGUUGGACAAACUGCAACAGGAACCCAGUCUAAACGAGAUCAACUGCACAAAUGAAUUGAACUGCUCCAUGGCCGCUGAAGGCUACGCACGAGCCAAGGGCGUCGCUGCAUGUGUCGUCACCUACAGCGUCGGUGCUUUCUCAGCUUUCAACGGCAUUGGGAGUGCCUAUGGUGAAAACCUCCCUGUCAUUCUCAUCAGUGGUUCACCCAACACCAAUGAUUCAGGUGACUUCAACCUACUUCACCACACGCUCGGGACUCAUGACUUUGAGUAUCAGUUGCAAAUGGCGAAAAAGAUCACGGUCGCUGCGGUUUCAAUUCGUCGCGCCUUGGAUGCGCCGAAACUGAUCGACUUUACCAUCCGCAAAGCACUCCGUACUAAGAAACCUGUAUACAUCGAGAUUCCUACAAAUUUGUCCAACCAACCGUGUGCGCCCCCGGGACCACCGUCGGUCAUCUUGGAGCCUCUCCAUAGUGACCCUGCCGUUCUGAAGGAGGCUGUUCACAAGACAGCCACCUUUUUGUCACAAAAAAGUAAGAUUACGAUCUUGGUUGGUCCAAAAGUCAGGUCUGCCAAAGCCGAGGGCGCUCUCCGAGACUUUGCGGAAGCAUUGGGCUGCGCGGUGGCAGUGAUGCCUAGUGCCAAGUCAUUCUUUCCGGAGAAUCAUCCCCAGUUCGCUGGAGUUUACUGGGGUCUCGCCAGCACGCUGGGUGCUGAGUCCAUCGUGGACUGGUCCGACGUGAUCGUCUGCGUUGGAACAGUCUUUACCGACUAUAGCACUGUCGGCUGGACGAGCGAGCCGACCGAUUCCAUACGCGUGACGGCCGACGUUGACCAGGUUCAGCUCCCGGGAGCAGAAUACUCUCGCGUCUACUUGAAAGAGUUUCUGUCUGGACUGUCACAUCUGGUGAAGAAAGACCCGGCAACAAUGCUGGAAUAUAAACGGUUGAGCCCAGCCGAGCCAAGUCUGACUGCCAGUCAUACGAAUGAAAAGCUCACACGAAAGGAGAUGUGUCUGCAGAUCCAGAAUAUCGUCACCUCGAAGACAACCCUCUUUGCUGAUACCGGCGAUGCUUGGUUCGAUGCUAUUAAAAUGCGGCUUCCCGAAGGAACCAGAUUGGAGGUUGAGAUGCAAUGGGGUCACAUUGGAUGGUCCAUCCCCGCAUCCCUUGGCUAUGCCGUUGGGCACCCCGAUAGGCAAGUGAUCACGCUGGUCGGGGAUGGGUCAUUCCAAAUGACAGCGCAGGAAGUAUCGCAACUGACCAGACUGCGCAUUCCCGUUACUAUAUUCCUCAUCAACAACAUUGGAUACACCAUUGAGGUCGAGAUUCAUGAUGGGAUUUACAACAACAUCAAGAACUGGGACUAUGCCGCGUUCGUAGAGUCGUUCAAUGCGAAAGAUGGGCAUGGCCGCGGUUUCCGCGCCACCACUACAGGAGAGCUUCGUGCGGCUAUCGAAGCAGCGAAAAAGAACCGACACGGACCGACUCUAAUUGAGUGUGCCAUCGACCGUGACGACUGCAGCAAGGAGUUGAUUAGCUGGGGCCAUUUCGUGGCUGCAGCUAAUGGUCGUGCUCCCAAGGCAUAG